AUGAAGUCCGCUAAAUGUGGUAUAAGUGUCACCGCAUGCGAUCGGGACAGCGAAAAGGCGGAGGCAUGUCUCUCCAUGUGCGGGAUGUGUCCAUCUUGCGCUUUUGCCCCCAUGCCCCCUGCAUCCAACCGGUGUUUGUGGACGGCGUCGGAUGAAUUCAAGAAGAGGUUCGUGGUGGAGCUGCUGUUACGAUGCAGAAACGUCCAAGUGUUGGAAAGCAUCCAGAGUGUGCUGGGUGUCACAUCGUGGACUUUACUCACCUACGCCCGGUCCAGGAGCCCGACCUCCCCCGACGACUUCCCCUGCCGCGGGGCGGGCCGGGCGCUGGAGGGGAGACCUCUUGGGGUGAACCUGCAUGAGAUCUGGGACUGGUUCACCAGCAGCCCGGACUGGAUCAAAUCCCGCUACCUUUGCCGGCUUUUCUCACUCUGUGACUCGGAAUUAUUGCGCAUGUUGUCUAAUUUAACCAGCGUGCUUCUGGUCAGACAACAACGAGGGUUUCUGCGGCUUGAUGUGAGGAAUUGUAGUAGAGGUCAGCAUGAUUCUGAAAGUGAUGUAGACUCGGAGGACCCCGCUCUCAUGGUGGUGCCCGGAUCAGCAAAGUCUGCGUCUGGAGUCAGCCGCUAUCGAGAUUUCAUCAGGGGCCUACCUGUUGACCUGUCCAAGAGGAUAUUAGGUCUGUUGGAUGAGAUCUCUCUGAGACGCUGCCUGAAGGUUUGCCCAUCCUGGCAGCACCUCACAAAGGAAACCAUCGAGGAAAUCAAGUUCAGAAGACGUUUCCAGGAUCAAAUUGAGGCAAUGAUGAAGAAGAGUAAAGGUAUGAAUAAAGCCAGUUCCACUUACGCCAACAUCGUUGAAGUUCCUGUACCAAUCAAAACGGAUGAGAAAGUGGUUAUUCAUGCCAGUGUCCAAAAGGUCAAGCCAUUUGAAGCUGCUUAUGCCAAAAUCAAAGCCAAGAUGGUGCCAAUGGAGGAGCGAAAUGUUUACUGUGGUGCAUAUUUCACCAAGGUGCUGCUGGACAAAGAGGACCCUCAUCGGGUGGUGGACUACAGAGGAGGAUUGUUUAUGGCGACGGGCUCCAAGGACCGCUUGGUGCAUCUGCUUCAUGUGGGGUCAGAAACAAAGAUGGUGUCGGUGAUGAAGGGCCAUGUGGGCAGCGUCCGGACGGUGCUGCUGUGUGAGGAAAGAGAGCUGCUGAUCACUGCCAGCUGCGACGCCAGCAUCAGGUGUUGGUGUUUGAAGACAGACAGGUGUGUGAUGAUGCUGUACGGUCACACUGGCACUGUUAACUGCCUGGGUGUCCAUGCUGAUCGCCUUGUCUCAGGAGGUAAAGACUGUUUAGUUAAAGUGUGGAGUCUACACACAGGGAAGAUUUUUGAGGAUUUUCAUUUCAAGCACACAAGCCCUGUUCAGUGUGUGAGGAUCAACAUGAGGACGGUGUUCAGCAGCUGUGAUCGGGGCUUUGUCAAAAUAUGGGACAUGGAGAACGCAUUGCUGCUCAGGGUGAUUGAUGCCCACAGGAGCUCAGUGAGGUGCCUGUUCUUCGACGAAUGGCAUUUUGUAUCUGGAGACACCAGUGGGCAGGUCAUGGCCUGGAGUCUAAACUGUGGCGUUAAAGAGUGUCUGAUGACCUUCCCCCACCCAAAGGAGGUCAAAUCUAUGACUCUUGUUUACCUGCGUGUUAUCACUGGCUGUGUGGAUGGGAAGAUUCGUAUAUUUAAUUUCCUCACCGGAGAUUGUCUGAGAGAGAUCACGGCAGAGGCUGAAACAGUCCGAAUACUGUCGCUGCACUUCCAUGACAACCGAAUAAUAGUGAAUGCGACGUCAGGUGUGAAGCUCUACCAGUUUGCCAAAGUCUUUUGGGAAUACAGCGAGUCAGCUGAGGGAGGCCUGGGCGAUGCUGGGACUCAGAACGGUUUGGUUUCUGAAAACACAGCAGUCUCACUGAGAAAACUUCGCGUCACCUCUGCCGGGUCGCGUCUAAACUGGGUUGGAAUAACGAUAGACGCUGCCGGGUCAGAUCACACAGCACAGAAGAACAGGAAGAAGUCAGAGGGAGCGGAGCUGCUUUACCACACCCGCUUUCUGCCUUCCACCACUAAAGCACAAGCCAGAGAACGCUGUGUGACUGCCCCGUCCGUGAUGCUGAGUGAGAAGGCAACAAGUGACCGGAUCAAGAGGAGGGGGCUUCAUCAUCCUCUGAGCCGAGACUCCAUCCUCCUAAAGGUCAAUGCCAUCCAUAAGGCGCAGUGCAGGGAUGAAGUCGGCAUCAACAUGGAGUGCAACGCCCGGCUGCGAGACUCUUGGGGCCCCGACACGUCUCAGGACUCUCAGCUCUGGGACAGCCUUCAUACUCAGGAUGUUCCUCUCAGGAGGGCUAAAACCUGCGUUCCAACUUUAAAGAGGGAUGUCAGUCAAAAUAUGACGAACAAGACCCAAGGCAGAGCCAUCUCCACCGCCCCCGACACCCCGAGGAGACGCCCUACCUAUUUAUUUCCUAAAAAAACACAGCCUCACAGUGCUGACACAUUUAAGCGAGUAGGUGGAUUCAAAGAGUGCACCCUCAUGAGAUCGCUGCCUAAUCCAGAUCGCUCCAUGAAAACUGGCACCAGCUUGCCCAGGAUCAGCCCUGUGAGUCCAUUCAGAGAGCAGGGAGGGCUCCGGCUGCUCACAGUGAAAAAGGCUGGGAGAUUUUAGGGCCAAAAAGGAUCUGAACUGUGAGCAAAAAGUGUCCAAUAGAUGCUAACGUAUUAUUAUUUUAAUGAUAUGAUGUGUCAGCAGAACUCUAUCCCCACCGCACGCUGGGUGUUCUGGACAUCUUUGUUUGUUUUCAUAUUUUGUAAAUGUUAUGUUUCCUUAAAGCUCCACUAGGGGUCAGUAUUGCAUCACCUCUGGCUGAAAUAGGAAGCUUAACUAUUAUAUCUUUUUUUACUUAAGUUUUAUUUUUACUCUAUUUAGAUUCCAUUCGUAUGUAGUUUCAUUAUUUCCCAGCAGUAGGUUUGUAUUUUUCUGAACUUUUUUU